AUGCUGAAGGACGCACAUGCAGCAGAGACACGCGAGCUGCAGGCGAGUCGUGCGGCACUGGCGGAUGUCGAGACGCAGCUGGAGAAGGCGCGUGAGGAGCUCAGUGCGUUCGUGUCAGAGAGCGAAGAGAAACUGAGCGCGCAGGACAAGGAACAUCAAGCGACGCUCGAGCAGCUUCGGACCCAGCAUGCAUCGGAGCUGGCCUCUCUCCAGUCCACAUUGGACCGUGAGCGAGAAACGCAUCUGGCCGAGCAACAAAAGGCGAUCGAUGCUCUGCAGAAGGAGCACAAGAGCGCGGUCACGAGUCUGAUCGUGAAGCACGAGUCCCGCAUAGCCGCCGCCCGAGACGAGCGCCUGCAUUCAGCCGAGGCGACGAUUGGUCAGCUGCAGUCACGGCGGAACUUGGCCGACAAGGAGCACUCAACCUGGCGUGAGGCUCUCGAGAAGGAGCAUGCACAGAAACUAGGCGCGCUCACACAUGAACACGAGUCGGUACUCGAUGCACUUCGACUCGAGCACGAGUCCGAGCUUCAGCACGCACAGACGCAGCACAGCGACGCGCUUGACGCAUUGAAGAAGGAGCAUGCGUCACACGUUGCAUCGUUGGGCUUGGAGAACGAAGAGGCGAUCAAGGCGUUGGCUGCUACGCAUGCACAGGAACUGAACGACCGACUGCGCUCGCUCGAACACCAGCAUGCCGAGCGUCUUGCGUCGAUGAGUGCGGCGCACGAGGAAGCGAUCCGGUCAGCGCACAGCGAGCAGGCAAAGCAGCGAGAGGCGCUCCACGAUGCCGAGAUGCGUCUGCACCUCCUGACAUCGAAAGUCGCUGAGGCACAGAAUGCCCUCGCUGAGAUGCGCAACGAGGCAGCAGAGCAUCGCGCAGCGGCCGAAGAAGCUCGUGCCAAGCUGAUCGAUCAGUCGGUCCUGCAUCCCGACACCACAGGAGCCACAACGUCUUCCGCACCCGAUGGCGAUGACACGUUGCGUGCUGCAGAACAUGCAUCACAGCUGCAGGCAUCACAAGACCGCGCAGAGCACUAUAUGGCCCUUGCAUCCGAGUUGCGCAAGCAGCUGUCGCUCAAAGAGGCUGAAAUGAACGCUGCGUUGCGUGCCAAGGAGCGCGAGCACGAGGCGCCACUCGCCGAGCUCGCUGACAUCCAGGCUGAACGAGCGCACCUCCUGCAACAAGUCGUUGAGCUGUCUGCACAGCUCCGAGAAGCCCGUGCAGCAGCGGCAAUGACGCGCGCGCCCUCGCUCUCUAGUGUAGCGGGAGCAGCACCAGCCCUGUCGUGGGCUGGCUCGCAGGCGACUAUGUCGCGCUCGCCGUCGACUGUGACGAGUUUGUACGCGUCACCCGAGGGCUCGCGUGGACAUGGUUCGUCGGUUGGCGACGAUCACGGCGAAGCUGACGUGCCUGCCUGGGUCGGCGGCCAAGCAUCGAUGCCCGUGUUGUUGCCUGGCCACAUGAACAACAUUGAUCCUGAGGUGGCUGACGCCAUCAUCCAGUGCAUGCGAGGCGAGUGGCUGUACAAGUAUGCACCACAGCGACGGCUGCUUGGCGCAGAGCGUCGGCACAAGCGCUACUUCUUUAUCAACCCUUUUAAUCGGACCAUUCACUGGACGUCGGAGGAGCCGAAGGCCUCGGCCGGCCACGUCGCUCGCUCGAAGAACGCGUUCAUUGAGCAAGUGGCCCUGAUGGACGACUACAAUUCAAAUCCAUCUGGCCUGUACUAUCAAACGAUCGUGAUCCGCUCUGGCCACCGGGAAGUCAAAGUGACAGCACCAUCCAAGGUUCGACACCGUAUUUGGUGCACGGCGCUUGGAUACCUGCUGCAGUCAAGUGAUUCACCCGUCAUGGGUGUGAGUGCCGCGAGUUCCGACGGCACGCGAGUCUCGAUUCCCGUCGAGCUCGGCGGUCGCGGCCCCACGACCAGUCGUUCCAAGACCCUCCUUCACCGUACACAGUCGCUCCGCAACACGGCCAACACGCGCCUCCGUGCCUUGGGAUCGGCCUCUACAUUAGCUUCAACGUCAAGCUCAGCUGCUCCGGCUGCUGAGCACCAUGGUCCAUCUUCGCCGUUGUCCACACGCAUAUCCACACAGGCAGCGCCGUCAUCCCCGUAUGCCGCACCUGCACAACCGACAAGGGAGUCCACGGCGCCAUCAUCGUCCCGUUUGUCGCUCGUUACUCGGUCCAUGCACCUCCCGCGUUCGCCUUUCUCUUCCUCGUCGGCGACUGCGUCCUCUGUGCAUCCAGUCGUCAACGAACAUCCACACCCAGCGGCAGGAACGCAACAACGCAUACCGAGUGCCUGGCGCUCAACUCGCCGGUCCAAUCCUGAUAAACGUGUGCUGAGCGGACCAGGUGCUGCGCCGCCUGUACAUGCCGCUGGUAUCAUGGAGUCGCAAGCGGCCGAGGUGAUUCACAACCUACCACCACCCGUUCAGGCUCCACCAGCCAUUGUAUCAACAUCGACGCCGUCGAAGCAAAGUACGCGAAAAUCACGAUGGUGGUGA